AACAGACUUGCCGCCACAAACAACGUGAGAGUGAUUUUUGUUACCGAGAGGACACUGUAGUGGACUGCUUCUUUUUUUUACCAUACAGUUCUUUCUUCCAGAAAGCAAAAUGAACGUGACUGAGCUUGUGACUGUAUUCGGGGGGCUAACUUCAGAAAAUGAUUACGAUGAGGAUUCCUCCACGCCUACUAUUGAUUAUGAAGAUGGUGCAUCAUUAUGUGACAAGGCACUGGUCAGACAGUUUCGCAUGUAUUACGAGCCUGCCCUCUAUUGGAUCAUUGUGAUUCUAGGAGCCAUCGGCAACUCCAUGGUGGUCUGGAUAUAUACCCACUUUAAGAACCGUCUGAAGACUAUGACGGAUGUCUAUCUACUGAACCUGGCUCUUGCAGAUCUGUUCUUUCUGUGCACGCUACCGUUCUGGGCCGCCGAUUCAAUCUACGGCUGGACCUUCGGCUCCGCCCUCUGCAAAACCGUUUCAGCCAUUUACAAAAUCAACUUCUUCAGCAGCGUAUUUCUUCUCACCUGCAUCAGCGUUGACCGCUACAUAGUCAUCGUCAAGACUAUUGAGGCGCAAAACAGCAAGAAGAGUCGAUUGCUGUACAGCAAGCUCAUUUGUGUCAUAGUCUGGUUCCUGGCUGUUUUGUUGGCAAUUCCAGAAUUUCUUUUUGCCAGCAGCAAAGAGGACAUGGAUGGCAAUCAUUUUUGCUCCCUGAUCUACUGGAACAACGAAAACAACCGUACCAAAAUUCUGGUGCUGAGCCUCCAAAUCUGCAUGGGCUUCUGCAUUCCCCUCAUAGUCAUGAUGUUCUGCUAUGCCGUCAUCAUCCGCACCUUACUCAAGACGAGGAACUUUCAGAAGCACAAGGCCAUGCGUGUCAUUUUGGCAGUUGUGGCCGUGUUCAUCUUCUCUCAGCUCCCGUACAACAGCAUGUUAGUCUUCCAAGCCACCCAGGCGGCCAACACGACCGUCACAAACUGCAAUGAGGUCCAACAAUUUGAUAUCACCACCCAAGUCAUGAAGAGCCUCGCCUACAUGCACAGCUGCCUAAACCCAUUCCUUUACGUUUUCGUCGGUGUGCGCUUCCGAAAGGACGUGGCCCGUAUAUUCCAUAGCUACGGCUGCGUUUCAGCCCAAAAGAAGUCUAAGUUGCUGCAGGCAGGCCCACAUCGUUCCUCUGUCAUGUCGGACACAGAAACCACCAAUGCUCUCUCGCUGUGAACUGUCUCUGGAGACUGUCAGUGAGGUUUGCUUAGCUUACGCAGGUGCUUGGCAUCUGAAUUUUGAAACAGAUGUUGGCCAUGUUUCCACGUGAGCAUUUAUGCAUGCUUGAAAACGCACACUGUGGGGCCAUGCCUGCAACCUUGAACGCAGAACAUAGUUCUCUUUGUUUGACUGGGCUUUUAAUGUGAAUGUCAAAUCCAGAUCAAGUAUUGUGCCCUGUAUGAAUAUGGAUAUUAAAGAGUGUGUUGUCACAGGGGGAAUCAUGGUUACCUAUUUAAUGGUACCUUCCAUCACUUGUUCAGCAUUAAAUAUUUUUCUACACGUUGUAUAUAACGAGAUUUAUCAUGUAUGACCACUGAAUUUGACAUGUUGUUUUCUUCUGUAAAUAUUAUGGAUUUUUUUUACUAAUGUAUAAUAUUAAGACGUUGGUGUUUCAUCUUUACACAAACUGUGAAUGUUUUUGUAUUAUUCAUGCAAGUUUUUUAUACCCACUGUUGUCUAUGUGGUUUUGGUGUGAUGUGAAAUAAUAAGUAUUUGCUGCUCAUUUUGUAUAUCUUGUAUCACAAACAAAUAACAAAAUACAAUAUCAAUAAAGACAUUAUCAAUAAAACAGU